GUUCAAUCCGAUAGUGUCACUGAAAGGGUACAUACAUCGUUCCAAAUCAAAGGUCUUAAGUGUGUGUGUGUGUAAACUCGUUUAAAUAUCGGCCUUUAGAUAGCCGAUACGAAACAAGUCUAAAACGGCUUAAAGAUGAGCUGUAAUUGCCCUUUGACCACGGCCACUGGGCCAACAUUGGCCUCCACUUGUGGUGGACCAUCGUUUAUGUUGUUCAUGGGUCUCCUUGAAGUGUUCCUUCGAAGUCAAUGCGACCUUGAAGAUCCCUGUAAUAGGCCUAUACCUCCGAAAAACGUAAACAUGAGAUACGACUUUGUGGUGAUAGGAGGAGGUAGUGCUGGAGCAGCAGUGGCAGCGAGAUUAUCAGAGGAACCAAGAUUUUCUGUAUUACUGUUAGAGGCUGGUUUAGACGAACCAACUGGUACACAAAUUCCAUCGUUCUUCUUCAAUUUUCUUGGAAGUGACAUCGAUUGGCAAUAUAUGACUGAGAGCGAGGAUCAAGCGUGUUUGAAUAAAGACGAGAGAAAAUGUUACUGGCCAAGAGGAAAAGUUCUCGGAGGUACUAGCGUUAUGAACGGAAUGACCUACAUGAGAGGCUCCAGAAAGGACUACGACGAUUGGGCCAUGAUGGGUAACAUUGGUUGGUCUUAUCAGGAUGUCCUACCAUACUUCAUAAAAAGCGAGGAUAAUCUUCAAGUCUAUAACAUGGAUAUCGGUUAUCACGGAGUUGGAGGACCACUCACUGUUACGCAAUUCCAUUAUCAUCCUCCUUUGAGCUACGCCCUUCUCGAAGCUGGGAAAGAACUUGGAUACGACACGGUGGAUUUGAACGGACGAAUACACACCGGAUUCGCUAUAGCACAAACGACCUCGAGAAACGGGUCUCGACUUUCCACGGCUCGAGCCUUCCUUCGUCCCGCUAGGAAUCGUCCAAAUCUUCACAUCAUGUUGAACUCAACAGCAACAAAGAUUCUCUUUGACAAUAAUAAGAGGGCAGUUGGCGUGGAAUUCGUUCACGAUGGAAAGUUAAAUCGAGUAUCAGUCGCGAAGGAAGUUGUUAUAAGCGGAGGUGCCGUUAACUCACCUCAGAUACUUCUAAACAGUGGCAUUGGGCCACGAGAUGAACUGAAUGCCGUCGGUGUACCCGUAAUUCAUAAUCUUCCCGGAGUUGGCAAGAAUUUGCACAAUCACGUCGCCUACACAUUGACUUUCACGAUAAACGACACUGACACCACUCCACUUAAUUGGGCUACUGCUAUGGAGUACCUACUCUUCAGAGACGGACUCAUGUCUGGAACAGGUAUAUCGGAGGUAACAGCAAUGGUCAAUACGAAAUACGCUAAUUCUAAAGAAGAUCAUCCAGACGUUCAACUUAUAUUCGGUGGUUAUCUGGCAGACUGUGCCGAAACAGGCAUGGUCGGGGAGAAGAAAGGGACAAAUCGUACUAUUUACAUCAUCCCCACCUAUUUGCAUCCCAAGAGCCGUGGUUAUCUUCGUUUACGCAACAACGAUCCUAUAUCGAAACCUUUAAUCUAUCCAAAGUACUUGUCCCACCCGGACGACAUAGCUGGAUUGAUCGAAGCCAUUAAAUUCUCGAUUAGACUAUCAGAAACGCAAGCCCUAAAGCGAUAUGGUUUCCAAUUGGAUCGUACGCCAGUGAAAAAUUGUCAACAUUUGAAAUUUGGAUGUGACGCUUAUUGGGAAUGUGCCGUGAAACACGAUACAUCACCUGAAAAUCAUCAGGCUGGUUCCUGCAAAAUGGGUCCAGAAGAAGAUCCCUAUGCUGUCGUAGACAAUCAAUUAAGAGUGCGGGGUGUACGAGGUGUUAGAGUAGCCGACACUAGCAUCAUGCCAAAGGUCACUUCUGGCAAUACGAAUGCUCCAGCCAUUAUGAUAGGCGAAAGGGCAGCUGACUUUAUCAAAAGAACGUGGAUAGGUUGAGCGUUAUCAAAUUUUGAAUAUCAAUUUGACAUGAACGUUAGUUGAAGAUAGAUCACGAAUGAUUAUUUUUAAAUAGAAAGAAAGGAUUAACCUAUUCUUUAACCUUUUAAUGACGAUAACACGAAUAUUGACAUUGAUCGGAUUUUUGUCGAUCGAACUUUUUAUGAAAUCAAAAAAAUAUUCUAAGUAAUAUACUCGUAUUUCAUCUAAGCGAAUUCGCAUUUAUUAAUUACAAAAUAAAUAUACAGCAAAUAUACGACGAAAUGACAUGUUUUUAAUAUUCUUUAAAGAAUGCUCGAGUUACGCUAGUCUCUUAAUUUACUUUGCACAAAUAUAAAUCCUAAAAAAAAAUAAGAGAAAAAAAUUACUAACUAAUUCCACUUAAACGUAGUUCGCUCGAGUAACUCUUAAUAAAAUGAGUUCGCACAUCUUGUAAGUAAGUAUGAUUAGUAUACUGCCAAGAGACCAGUUUACUUCCCCUUCGGGGAUAUAAACUUGAGCAAGCCUCUUACUCUCCUUAAAGUAGCUAUGUUCAUCCAAGAAGGUCAAAUUUCAAAUAGAAAAUGAGCGUAUAAAUAAAAGAAAAUAAAAAAAAAUAUUACAAG